AUGGAGCAUUUAACCAACAAUCAAAAAAAACAAUUCAUUAUCGAAGAAUUUUCAAAAAUAGCAGCACAAGGUCGUCAAACAAUUGAUCAUAAAACAGCAAUGACAAAGAUGAAAUAUUUGAUUUACAUAAAAUUAUGUAUUGAUAGUGAUUAUGAAGGAUUAAAAUCAGCAUUAGAAUCAUCGAAAGAAUUUGAUGUUAAUCAAUAUAACUUAUUGGUUUAUCGUCCAUUACCAAAUAGUUCAGAAGAAUCUGAUGGCUUAAUCAAUAGUGAAGACAAUUAUCAAUCGGAUGAAGAACUAUCUGAUUCUGGUACAAUGUUUGAUUAUCGUUCUCCCUAUUCUAUGUUAUUAUUUAUGAUUAAUUAG